AUGGACCCUCUCAGUAUUACCGCGAGCAUCGUCGCCCUACUCCAGCUCUCCAAUAAGGUUAUUAGUUAUCUGAAUGAUGUCGAAGACGCUUCGAAGGACCGUGCAAAAUGCGCUAUCGAGGCGACGAACUUACAUAGUCUGCUUACAAGCCUGAGAUUCCGCCUAGAGGAAGGCGAUGCUAGCAGCCCGUGGUAUGCCGCUAUCAGGGGUCUGGCCACCAAAAAAGGGCCACUCGAUCAGUUCAAAGAGACACUUGAAGUAUUGCAAGCAAGAAUCACCUCAGGCAAGGGUCGGUUCGGCCAAGCAAUCGACGUGCUCACUUGGAAAUUCAAGAAAGAAGAGGUUGACCUUAUCUUGCAAUGCAUGGAACGAUUGAAGACGCUCAUUGGGAUAGCACUGCAGAUGGACCAUUUCAAAUUGUCGCAGGCCAUCAGUAACGACAUGACUUUUGUGAGAGGUCUUAUGCCCAGCAUGCAGGCCGAUUUAGAGUCGAUACAGCAGGGCCUAGACCGUGCUCAGCUCGAUGCUCUCAAAGCCUGGAUAUCGCCAAUAGACUUCCUGGCUCAACAGUCAGACAUUCUCCGCCAUCGACAUCAAAAUACAGGACAAUGGUUUCUCAGCGCGCCUGAAUUUACUGAUUGGCUCGACGGAGCCACUUCCAACAGGACGUUGUUCUGUCCUGGCAUGCCGGGAGCUGGUAAAACUAUGCUAGCAGCUGUCACUGUUGAUCAUCUCGUAACGAGCGUGCGGACUAGUACAACAGGAGUUGCGUGGCUGUAUUGCAGCUACAAGUCGCGCAUCGAACAGAAUGUGGAGGCUUUGCUUGAAGCAAUCUUGCAGCAGCUUGUGCUUGCAAACACCCCUGGUGUCGUUCAACUUGCAAAACAGUUGCAGCAGCACCACAAUACUCGUGGAUCCAGGCCAACCAAGGAUGAGCUUCUUGAAACUUUACAAACUUCGUCUGCACAGCUUACGAGGUUUUAUAUCGUCAUCGAUGCUCUGGAUGAAUGCGCAGUGGAAAACGGAACUCGCCGCCAGCUUUCAGCCUGUCUUGCUCAGAUGCGAAAUAGUACUGACGUAUGUCUCAUGGUGACCUCGCGUCAUAUACCAGAUAUUGUACAAGAAUUCCGCGAUGCGUUAAAGAUCGAGAUCCGCGCGCGUGACGAGGAUAUUAAACCUUUUAUACAAGGACAACUUGAUCGGCUUCCCAGAUGUGUUCAACAUGAUCCGGAGCUACCGCGUAUGAUACAAGAAAAGGUUGCCGGGGCAAUCGACGGGAUGUUCCUGCUAGCUCGACUCUACAUAGAUUCAUUGCUUGACAAGCGGACAAAGAGCAAGAUCUGCUCGACACUCGAGAGGCUAUCCAAAGAAGUAAAAACAGUCGAGAGAGCCUAUGAUCACGCAAUUGAGCGGCUUGAGAGCCAGCUCCCUGAAGAUGCUGCUCUUGCGAAGAGAGUUCUGACCUGGAUAGUCUAUGCUGAGAGAGCGCUCACUACAAGCGAACUCUGUCAUGCUUUAGCCGUGGAAUCGGGUGAGACGAGUCUCGAUAUAGAUAACAUACUUGACGAAGCAGAUGUUGUGUCGGAGUAUCUCGAGGGCAUCCGCGAGACUUGGAGCCCCGGCGGACAGCUAUACAUCGCUAUUACGUGUCUGACGUAUCUUUCUUUCGACACCUUCCGACACGGCAGGUGCUCGUCUGACGGUAGGUUGGAGGACCGCUUGAUAAAGCACCCAUUCUUCGAGUAUGCCGCACACAACUGGGGCAAACAUGCGUCAAGUGUCCAGGAGAAUUUGUUCGAUCUCGCGGCUUCAAUUCUCACAGACGACGGGUCUAUGUCCAGCAUUGUUCAGGCGACAUCUGUCUAUCGUUACGGGCUACACCUUACUACCGGACAUUGGAUAACAGAGAAAGACAAUGACUCGCGGACAUGUCUGUACAUCGCAGCAUUGCAUGGACACGAGCAUAUGGUCCAUAUGCUCCUUGCAAAAGGUGUUGACGUCAAUGAAGACUGUGGACGCCAUGGUUCUGCACUAUUUGCUGCGGUACGGAUGGGGCACACAGGCACAGUCGAGCUUCUCCUUGACUCGGGUGCUAGUAUCGAAGCAAAAGCACCAAAGUUGCGCAGCAUUCUCCAGAUCGCGUUUCAAAAUAACGACAGGACUAUGGCACUACUUCUCCUUCAAAGAGGGGCUGACGCGGCUAUCACGGAUCAAUUGCAGCAAACGCCUCUGGAACUUGCAUGGGUAGACGCAGGUAGUCCGGGCAAAGAGGGUUGGAUCCCAAUCCAUGCAGCAGCUUCCAAAGGGUAUUCGCAGGUAGUCCAAAUUCUCAUCGAGAAUGGCACAAGCCCAAACACAAUGGACAAUAGAAGAUGGACGCCCAUUAUGUAUGCCGCCCAACGAGGCCACGUCGAGGCUGUUCGAGUCCUCCUGCUUAACAAAGCUCGUUUAGACAUCUACGACAAUAACGAGCGAGGUCCAAUCCAGAUGGCAUCGUACCAUGGUUUUCCCAAAGUGGUCGAGCAACUUGCCACAUUCGAUCCCUCGUUGGAUAUGCGAGAUAGGAGAGGUUCGACUGCGCUCCACGAAGCAGCAGCCCAAGGCCACCUCGAUGUCGUGCUGCUUCUUCUUGGAAGAGGUGCGGAUGCAAAUAUAUGCGACAAUCAGAAAAGAACUCCAAUCAUCGCGGCGUCAUCUCACGGUCAUGCUGAAGUUGUCCGAACGCUCAUGCACCACGGAGCCAACCUUCCUGCAACAGUGUUCAACGGAUGGCCCGCGCUAACAAUGGCAGCACACAACGGCCACGAUGACAUAGUUGAGAUGCUUCUUCCGACCUGUUCUGGAUCCCAGGUUGCAUCCAGCAUACCCGUCUCUUUCUUGUUCCUGCUUGUGGAGAAGGGCCGCCUUAGCACAUUACAACUGAUCAACUCCCAGCUCAAGAUAGAUUUCGCUUGCUCAGAUCCGCACGGCGGUAGUUUACUCCACGCCGCUGUCCUUCACCGACAAUACGACACCUUCACGUUCCUCAAAGAUCUCGGCCUGGACAUGUUCGCGAUCGACCAAAAGGGUGACGAUCUAAUCUGCUAUGCCGCAUCGUCCGGCUCAUUGCCGCUACUUGACGCCGUCCGAAGGUAUGUGCCUCUUACGCGGGCGUCUAGUGAGCGCGGCUGGAGCCCUCUGCAUUGGGCUUGCAAAGUGGGCGCACAAUCUGUCGUGGAACGACUGGUACAAGCAGGCGAACGCGGCCAGAGCUUCGCGACCCAUCAACCGGCAAGCAACUGGAACCCCGUUGACAUCGCCAUCUAUCAUGGACACAUGGACAUGUUACAGGAUCUAUCCUCUGAGUGCAAGAAUGCGCUGGGUCCAAUGACUCCUGGACGCAAACCUGCAAAAAUCGUUGCUAAUAUCAUGUGCGAUGGGUGCCAUCAUGUGGUGUUCGGAGCAAGAUUCCGUUGCCGCACGUGUUACGACUUUGACUAUUGUUUCAUGUGUAAGCCGUUGCCCGAUCAUCUACAUGAAGGCCAUGGGUGGGAUUACGAUGAGUCGCUGAUCUCGACUUCGGAUUUCGAGUAG